UUGGCUUGGAGUUAACAUGGUGGCUUGGUAAUCGUGUUGCGGCCAUUGACUUGCAUACACAACACCAUCCAAAGCUAGUACUUUCUCUUCCUUUAUUUUUUUGUAUUUUUGGACCGGGAUCUCCGAGUUUUUAAAAAACCUUUUCAGAAAUGGACCUGAAGAAGAGAAUAGAAAAAGAAGUUGGCGCUCGGGCACCAGAGGAGGUGUACGAGCUGGUGGUAGAUGACAGCCGCACUAGCGAUGGGGAGGUGGUGGGCCUGACAGACGAGUACAAAGAGCUGGAGUUCCUGAGCAUGGUGAACAUCGGCCUCAGCUCCCUGGCCAAGAUGCCCUCGCUGCCCAAGCUACGCAAGCUGGACAUCAGCGAUAACACUAUCUCAGGGGGACUGGAGACCUUGACGCAGAAGUGUCCCCAGCUGAACUACCUGGUGCUUAGUGGAAACAAGAUCAAGGAGUCCAAAUCAGUGGAAGUACUGAAAAACCUGAAGGGUCUGAAGCGUCUAGACCUGUUCAAUUGUGAGCUGACUUCCCAGGCAGACUACAGAGAGACCAUCUUUGAGCUUCUACCCCAGCUCACCUUCCUAGAUGGGUACGACCAGGAUGACAACGAAGACGAGGAAGAGGAUGGGGAUGGUCCUGACGAUGAUGAAGAUGAGGAUGAUGAGGAUGAUGAAGGCUCAGAGGGCGAUGAGGUGGGCCUGUCCUACCUCAUGAAAGAGGGCAUCCAGGAUGAGGAAGAUGAUGAUGACUAUGUAGAAGAGGAAGAGGACGAUGUGGAGGAUGAAGACGGCGUAGCUCACGGAGAGAAGAGGAAGAGGGACCCAGAUGAUGAGGGUGAUGAUGACGAAGAUGAUGACUGAAGCACUGUCCCCUGUCUCCUGUGAAGCCCAGCUGCCGUGCCCCGCCCGCGUGUCCCCAGAACUAAGCUGUAGAAGAGAAAACGUCAUAUUGUCUUUCUUUCUGUUUUGUUUGUUUUGUUUUCUUUUUCUCCCUUCAUUGUUUAUCAAAGAUAUCACUGUAGAGUGCAAGUAUCCAUGUUUUUUUGUUAGUUUUUUUUACACAUGAUUUUGUUUUUGUUUUUUCUAUGUGUUUUUGUUUUGUUUUUUCUUCUUUUUUCUUCUACAAGUACAUUGACCAUACAGAAACUUUCAAAAUUUUAAUCGGAUACCAUGCCAGUCUGUGGUGCAUUUUGCACUUCGCAAUCCCCCCCCCCCACAUUAUAUACACACACACACACACACUUUUAAGACGAGACCUUUUAUAAAUCCAUUGUCCUUGAUGUUAAAACCCACACUGUUUCCAUUCCCUCCUGUGGGUUUUUUCAUAGCGUACUUUAAGCAAAUGUUACUCCCCAUGAAAUAUCUGUAUUUUUGUUGUGUGGGCUAAGUAUCCCUACAGUGAAGUAGUUGUGCUUGGAUGCCAUUUACCAUGUAUUGGCAAGGACAAUAUAGGAGUCGUUCUAAUUGGGUGCAAUCAUGUUUUUACGAGUCACCAUGUUUUUAGAAAUCACUUUUCCAAACAACCUGUACAAACAAGCAAAUUGGUCUGUCAAUAUUUGCUGGCGUCGAAAAAGAAGUCAAACCCAGAUCUGAGUAACGUUAGAGAAUCUCUAAGAGUUCUUAGCGUUCAGAGUCUGUCCGAGCACUCUCCUUUCUGAUCUGAGGUCAGCAGUGACAAGUCAAUCUGGAUUCAGAAGUUACAACCCACAUAUUAAUUACCUGGGUUGCGUUUCUCGACAACACCAUUGCUAACAAAGUUAGCAACUUACUUGGUUGAAAUGCAAUUUCCCAUUGGAAAUCUAGUAAGUUGCUAACUUUUUUAGCAACAAUGCUCUCGAGAAGCUGGAUACUGGUCUGGCCUGCCCAGUUCAACCAGGCUAAAUGAGCACCUGGUUCAGUUAAACGCAGGUCAUUUGGAAUAAUGAACCUAAUGAAUCCAGGUUACUCAUCACUGCUUCUCAGAUGUUCUUAGAAACACUCAGGUGGACCAAACUUUGGAUGCUUCAGUAAAUCUCCGGAGUAUAAUCUGUCAUCUCACUCUUUGUUACUGAGCGUUUCGUAUCACUCACCGCCGUUUUUCUCUUCGUUUCUUUCGUUUUGCAUCUCCUUUUAGAGCAAGCAUUCGACAACGGAUGUUGUCUAUGACUGUAAAUAGAUAGCCUAUUAUUCCAUGGUGUGUAGUUCUUUAAUUGAUCUGUCUUUUUAAAACAUGCAAUAUCUUUUCCAUUUGUUUUUGAUUUAAAAUAAAUGCAAAGCACAGGUCAGGAUAAGAUUCAGACCCAUGACUCCACGAUAUAGUUUUUAUUUUUGAUGUCUUCUGCUGUUGAGAAAGCUGUGUUUGGAGUUUGUGUGCUGUAAUCUUCUAAAGAGUGUUUUUAAAUAAAAUGAUUAAUUCAAACCAUA